AAGCCAAGCGCGCUUUCGCUUUUCGGCGAAGCCGCAAUAGCGUCAGCGUCGACUUACAUAAAUAACAGCAGGCUCACUCUCUACCGCUGAUGCUGGCAUUGUACGACAAUUCUUGUCUGUCUGUUCGCUUCUGUCCAGCGGACAAUAAGACAGGAACUAUUCGGCAGUAGCGCGCUGAACAGCGGUUGACGUUAACGAACCGGCAAAAUUUCGUUGCCUGGACGACGGCAGCGACUCGCCCCACAACAAACUGCGACGAUGACGACGACGACGACCUCGACAGAAACAGCCAGGAGCUGCUCCGAGCAUAUGAGUGAAUGAGCAAGCACCAAUCCGUUGAACGAAACUAGUAAAAUAGUACUGCGAAAAAAUCUAAUAGCCCAAAAGCGUUUGCGGCAACUAAUUUCAGGCUCUAACCGGCAACCGAUGCUAGCGGAUAUUCCCUCUCGUGCAGACAAUAGAACAACGUAGCAUCGACACUGAUAGUUAGGUAACUGUGGAGCGCUGGCGACGAAGGCAAGCGUGUGUUGUCCUGUGUCAUGUUUAGGGAAAGAUCAGACGACGGCGAAGGCACACCCGGGAGGGAGCAGACCAGCAUUGUUACACGAAAAUACACUGAGCACGGUAAUACAUGUACACCGUCACCGCAGACAAUAAUUAAGCUGCAGGGAGAGUGUAUACGAAAGCCGGAAGAUUUGAAGACUUCAGAAGACGCAAACUUAAAGGCGUGCAAGAGAAACUUUCAGAAUAACUAAACGGGAAAAUAGUUGACUACGGAAGUAAGCUGAUUUGGGGGCGAUAUUAAUAAAUACUGGCGGUGAGAGUCACUUAGAAUCUAACGGUAUAUCAGAACUUUGCUAUGUUUGUUGACCGAGCAGUAUUUGAGAGAAAAAACAAAGCGUGACGGUUGUACCAAAGUAAUGUGCGAGUGAGUGUAGAGGAAGAGUGAAUUUAACUUCCUGUGUACGACAAAUGUGCAUAAAUAAAGCCGUGAGUCGACGAAAAUUUGUCUCCUAUAGCGGUAAAGCUACGAUGGAAAUCAAGCAAGCUCCAACUAUUGACAAAAUUUACUGUUGCGGACGCCAUUGCUAAGGAGCUUUUUCAGCGAGAGCGCCCCGUGUCGAUUUGUUAUUUAUAUCGUUGUACUACCUGGACAACUUACCCAAGAAGUACAUAUUACCACAUCGAGAAGUACGGCAGCUAGACCCUUCUCGAGUGCACUGCUAUCACCCUUGACAGAAUCGUAACCACACAAGCAAAAAGGGUAUAAUGCCCAUCCUCGACAGAUGCUGGAAUCCGCUGAUGAUGUACCACUAUACUAACGUCAGGUUCGGUAGUUAUUAUGUCGCCAUCUAUACGACAGUCGUGCACGUGUUGUUUAUCUUCUAUGCCAUCUACGCUAUGCAAGGAGGGCGCACCGACUGGUUCUUUUCGCCAUACUUCGAAUACUCCCAAAAAGGGACUGUGACAGCUGCUUCCCUGACCGUCGUGCUCUGCCUAUUGUUUUUACUCUUUACCUUACUUCUGUGCAAGGGCGUCAAACUGGAUAAUCGGUGUCUCUAUUUUCCCUGGAUGAUCGCCAUGUCGAUGGAGGUAUUAUUGAUGGUCGGCGUUGGUCUUUGGUACAUCGUCAGGUACUAUCGAAAUCUGUUCUCAGUGCUGGCAGCGAUCUUAUUAUGGACGAUCGACGGAAUUCAUAUCUAUUGUCUACUUGUGGUCAUCUCGCAAUACCAAAUAGUGAAAAAUUUCCAGGAACCCAAGUUCGAGUUUCUGUACCCUUAACCGACAUGCGAAACCACCGUACGCGAUGAAAAGGCAUUUACCUAUCUAUACACGUUUAACGCAAGCCCAUGCUACAGGACCAUGUACAGCGAUCCUGAAGGCGGACAGAUUUAGAACGCGUUCAGGAGCCGGGCAGUUCGACUCAGAUUCUGACUUGACAUUGGCUAACGCAAGGAUAUAUUGUGGAAAAAAAUGAACAAAUCGCGUGAAAUUUUCCUCAAAUACUUAUAACGAAAUUUAUAGAAUCCCGUAGUUUUGUGGCUGAAAUUCAUCGUAUAAUCCAAGCAAUCGUGUACCGACAAGCAAUAGCCUCUAUUCAGGACGUCAAUACUUUUACGAAACAGCAGUAAAAAAUCUAUUAGAUUAUUAUUUUUGUUCAGAACAUCCUCAAAGUAGGUGAAUAGUAUGUGUUGGUACAGUUCAAAUGCAUACUUACUGCACACACAGCUGUUACUAUGUACAUAACAGAUACUGUAUUAUCUACAAGCCCAUUUAAGUUAUUUAUAAAGCCUUCCAAAAUGUCUCCAGCGAAGAGGAUUAAUAGCAGAUAAAGGUGUAAUGAUUUUAGGCACAAAUUGUUAUUAUAGCCGACGUAGGACUGCUGCAUAAAGUAUUCAGAGUCAAACCCUGCGUCGAAUUAUGUAACGCCUUAGCCAAGCUGACUGCCAUAGCGAUACCGAUUGCGUAAAUUUUACUGUUGAGGGAAAAGAUAACACCGCCCAAGUGAAGAACAAGUGGCAACUACAUAAACUUAUUUUCCUUCAUUUAUUAAUUGUAUUGUGUUUCUAUUAUUAUUUCUACUAAUUAAUGUAUUCUACAAUAAAAUAAUUAUUAUAUAGUUUAUGAUGUGUGAGUUUGCCAGCAAUUGCAGUGUGUAAGUGACGUAUUUAAUUUAUAGAAAAGUAAAGAAUGAACAUCGAUUUAAACACACAGACAAACAGAAAUGUGUCGCUGCACGAAAUAUAUAUACAUAAAAAGGAAAGGAAACGAUCUGUGUACUUUUUGUAUCGCUACAAGUGUCGUAUGAAAAAAGGCAAUAAAUGAAUAAGAGGGCGUCACAGCCACAAGGGAAACAUCCAAAUAAGGGUUGUGUCUUUUCUCUAUGGAUAACCACGUCUACCGAAAAUCAUAACACACCUGAAAGGUCAAUUAGCAAAAAUUCGCUAUAAUCCGCUGUGGCGUCUACCGAUAGCUCCAACAAACGAGUAGGCACCGUUUACACCACGGAGUCAUUUCAGUCUGUCACCUGCCAAAAGGUUUAAAAUGUUUUAUUCUAA